AUGGAGGGCUUUAACGACUCGAGUCGGAGGCCAUUGGCCAACGUAUUCCAGCCUGAUUUAGGCUUUGUCGCCGCAGCUUCAGCAACAGCUCUCGUGAUUGUCAUCGGGUAUAUCACAUGGAUCGGCAUCUAUCGACUCUACUUCAGCCCUAUUGCCAAAUUCCCUGGCCCGAAGCUGGCCGCCCUGACCGGCCUGUACGAAGCAUACUUCGAUCUCGUCCCUAAGGGCGGUGGGCAGUUCCCCUUCGCCAUUAAACGCAUGCACGAGAAAUAUGGACCUAUCGUGCGCAUCAACCCCGAUGAGCUGCACAUCGACGAUCCUGACUUCUUCGACACGCUGUAUCCGACAAGCAAGCCAUAUGAUAAGCUCAAACGGCUCGAGAACCGCUUCGGGAUCCCAGGCGCGACGUUCAGCACAGCCCGCCAUGAGCUACACAAGAUACGCCGCGCAGCCAUCAGCCCGUUCUUUGCAAAGUCCAAGGUGCGCGAGCAGACGGGCGACAUUCAAGCAUUGAUGAACACUAUCUCGCGUCGUCUCACAACCGAAUAUGCUGGUACCGGGCGUGUGCUCAAUCUCCAUGACGUCUGGCGCUGCUUCGCCGCCGACAACAUCAUGGACCUCGUCUUUGGUUCGCCGUUGGAUUUACAGGAAAUGUCCCGACAAACCGCCACCAUUCGCGCUAGCCAUCAAGCCACUGGGGGUAAUGAGAAGCCGCGCCUGGGGCAGACCGGCCACGCAACUGUUUUUCAUGAGAUGCUAGCCUCCAGCCUCCCCAGUGAGGAACUAGAACACAAGCGCAUGCAGCAUGAGGCCGAAUCACUCAUUGGUGCCGGGCUUGAGACCACUGCCUGGACGCUUGCUCUGGGCAGCUUCUACAUCUUGCACGAUCCCGAAGUCUACGCCAAGUUGCAAUCUGAGCUGACAAGCGCCACACCAGACGCGACUCAGAUUCCCCCGUGGGCCACCUUGGAAACACUCCCCUACCUCACCGCGAUCGUCAAGGAGACUUUGAGAAUGGGCAUGGGCGUCAUCGAACGUUUAGUCCGCAUCAACCGUAACCCAGCAAACCCCUGGGUUUACAAAGGCACCGUCAUCCUGGCCAAUGUCGCCGUCAGCAUGGAUCAAUACCACAUGCUGAUGAACGAGCGUGUCUUCCCAGACCCGACCGCCUUCCGACCGGAACGCUGGCUUGGCGACCCCCGCGGACCAGAUGGUAUACACCCGCUCACCCACUACAUGACCGUCUUCGGUCGCGGCACGCGAAUGUGCCUCGGCCUGAACCUGGCGUACUCGGAGCUGUAUAUCGGGUUCGCCACACUGAUCCGAAGACAUAAGCUACGACUGGUUGAUACUUCUGUACGAGAUGUGGCAUUUUAUGCAGAGAACACAAUCUUGUUUCCAUGGCCUGGAACUCAGGGGAUCCGGGUGUUAGUGGAUAGCUAG